CUGAACUUAAUGGAGAAAAGAUUAUUUCAGUCGCCAUCAUGGGAAAGCGCUCGGGAAACAACUCUCUGAAAAACAGAACUGGGGUUGAACAUGUCAUGUGGCGAUAAAUUUUGCAUAUUAUUGAAAUAGCAAAUUGUUAUUAAUAAAUAAGUUGUAUGGUAACCUGGCACAGAACAUCAACAGGAGAAGCAGUUGGAGACGAGUUCAUAACUCGGCCACCCUUGACUUCGAAGCACACCUUUAUCGAACCCCCGGCUCCUUGUAAUCGUGUCAUCAAGUUUAAACAUCAAUUUUUGUAGUUACACCGUUCACAGACAAACGCACAGCGAGACGACUGGUGAAACGUAGAGGGCCGCACACUUAACCGGCUCCUGUCCACCUGCCAGGGGCAUAGGUGAGGAGACAGUGUCUAGUUUCAUAUAUGCGAAACUCGACGGUACCGCCCCUCUCCAUUCUCCAGCCCCAGAACGCGGCGGAUCGCGAUCGAGCUGCACUCGCCCUCGCAAUAUUUGCAGAUCCGUACUCUUGACAGCCAACGGCGCAAUCACAAGAGAAGCGGUUUUUUUGCGGGAGUUUGACAAAAUAAUUAUUUGAAAACGUAGUUACAUCGUCUGUUGCGAUUAUUGCAUAUACCAAUAACGUUACGCUUUUUUUUAUUUUAACGCCUAGCUCCGAGCUAAGCAUAGCGACUUGCAAAGAUGAACCCGCAGUGUAGCAGAUGUAACAAAGUCGUGUAUCCCACGGAAAAAGUGAACUGCCUGGACAAGUACUGGCAUAAAGCAUGCUUCAGCUGCGAAAUCUGCAAAAUGACUCUAAACAUGAAGAAUUACAAAGGCUUUGAGAAGAGACCAUACUGCAAUGUACACUACCCCAAGACCACCUUCACCAGUGUGGCCGAUACGCCUGAGAACCUCCGUCUCAAGCAGCAGAGCAAAAUGCAGAGCCAGGUGCUGUAUAAGGAGGACUUUGAGAAGAACAAAGGGAAGGGCUUCAGCGUUGUGGUCGACACGCCGGAAAUGCAGAGGAUCAAGAAAACGCAGGAGCAGAUCAGCAACAUUAAGUACCAUGAGGAGUUUGAGAAGAGCCGAAUGGGAGGAGAGGCUCCACAAAGCCCGACUGCAGGGUAUAACCAGCAGCCCUCCCCUGGCUACCAGUCCCCCACCAGCUACCAGCCCUCCCCCGGGUUCCAGUCCCCAACCGCCUACCAGCCCUCCCCCGGGUUCCAGUCCCCCACCCUCUACCAGCCCCCCGCCGAGCCCGUUCGCCAAGCUGCGGCUGCGCCCGCGCCUUCACCUGCGCCUGUACCGCCACCUAGUGCUGGGAAGCGAUUUCGGGCCGUGUACGACUACACGGCGGCCGACGAGGACGAGGUGUCGUUCGCGGACGGCGACGUGAUCGCGGACGUGCAGCAGAUCGACGAGGGCUGGAUGUACGGGCGCGUGGAGCGCACGGGCCAGCAGGGCAUGCUGCCCGCCAACUACGUGGAGGCCAUCUGAGGGGGGGAGAGGGGGAUAGAGGAGGAGAGGAGGAGGGGAGAG